UUAAUCCCGUCUCCCGCUGCUUCUUCACUCCUGAUUACAGCCAACUGGUUCAACUUUUUACAUAAAAAGAAAUCGCCACUAAGAAAUGUCUGCUUAAAAGGCUGGGUGAAGGCGUGAGUAUAGCAGUAGUUUCCUUUUCAGCUAGCAAUAUUUUUCUUAUCUAGUAAUGAGUUCAGGCAGUCAGAAAAUCACUGUAUUUGUAAUUAUUACUUUUCUUCUUUUUGUUAAUGCUUGGCUGUUGUUUCAGCUGGCUUUGGGAUAGAAACCUUUAAUCUAUUUUUAGAUCAGGAUGAGCUUGGUUGUAUUUAUUUAUUUACAUAUUUAUAGUGGGAAAGCAAGAUAAAUACAUAGGAAUAUGCUUUUAUUUUGAAUGAUCUGAACCGGAAGUGUGGAUAAAGGCGCUCUCUUAUCACGUAAAUCUUUUCUUUUUUUUAAUAUACUAAUAAUUUUACUGAAUUUUCGACACCUAUAAAUGUCCAGUUUAAUUUAUGUAAAAGCUUAAUAUUAUUUAAACCUGUCGGUAUUCAAAAUAAUCCGAAAUUUAAAAUUUAUCGUUGUAGUGAAGCUUUGAAAAAAAUCAAAAACGCUAGCUAAUAUUUAAUAUCACUGUGAAUCUGUUGCUGUUGUCAAAGCCGACCGUUUUGGAUAGCCGAUGCGAUGCUGUUAUUUUCCACGGUUCUGAAACACAUGUUAAAGACAUCCAACUCGACAGAAGACGCGCUCAGGAUGCGGAGGAGGCUAAACGGUCAACAUACGCAGGUGCCUGCACUUGCUUCGUCCUCUUGGGCUCGGCUGCUCGGUGUUAACGGACCGUAAUCUUGCCAGCAGAAAGUGGGGCGGUUAGCCGGGAGGCUAUGGCGAGGUCUUCCUCUUGUUGUUGGUUAGCUGUCUUUUCAUAGCGUGGUUACCCCGGUCCUGCUUGGCCGCUGAUUGUCAGUUGGUCCGCCGGAGACGACGCGACCUUGGGGACGCUGUCAUGGAUUUGACUCGGUUGGCCGUGGAUGCUGGUCAGUUCAUCAACCGCGCUGUUCAGUACACUGGAGAGAGUCUAGGACAGGCCGAGAGGACUGAGUUGGAUCCCGGACUGGAGGAGCUUUUAUCACGGGCGGACGCCACCAAGACGUGGACGGACCAGAUAAUCUCCCAGACUGAGGCUUUACUGCAGCCAAGCCUCGGAGUGCGGUUAGAGGACCGGCUGUAUCAGCAUCUGGAGUGGAGCGUCCCACCCCGGCCUCGUGCCGUUGAGUUACUGGGAGAUCAGAUGACUCAGGCCGGGCUGGAGAUUGGAUCAAACACACCUUAUGGUACUGGAUUGAUAAGGUGUGGAGAGGCUCAGAAGCAGCUCGGCGAGGCAGAGAGGAAGUUUGUCCAAAGCACUAACAUUCACUUUCUCACUCCCCUGCGGAGUUUCACUGAGGGGGAAUACAAAGCCAUACAGAAUGAACGCAAGAUGUUGGUGAAUAAACGUUUGGACUUGGAUAUCACUAAGGCCAGGCUGAGAAAAGCCCACGAGGCUGAGCAAGAGGCCAGAAACCUGAAUGCCAACCCACUGGAAGAGGACUACUUGUCUCAUGUCUCCUACAUGUUCAGCUUCCUGCGUGUUAAAUGGCUAAAGAUCUGGGCUCAGGAAAUCUCACAGGCAGAGAUGGAGUUGAGGAUUUGUCAGAGUCUUUACAAUCGACAGUCAGAAAUCACAAGAGCUGUUGUGGAAGGACUCAGCAACACACAUACCAACCAUAUGCGGAGCCUCACUGACUUUGUGGAUGCUCAGGCUAGCUACUAUGCUCAAUGCAACCAACAUGCUCAGGAGCUGCAAAAACAGCUGGCCAGCAUUCCAGCUGUCUUCUGUUCCAAUAACUGGCAGUCUGCAAUUAGUAAUCCCGUUAGUCAGCCAUCAACAAGCAACCACGAGGCGAAUGAACCCAUCAGUGCAAAUCACGUCACUCCGUUACCUGUGCUCGUCCACCAGCUUCCAGAUUUCGACCAGGACUCGUGGACUUUAAACUCACCACCCCAAACUGUGAAAACCACAGCAGAUUCAUCUUUCAGUGCACUUCUGACUCACCAGACAAAUAACAACAAUAACAACAUCAUCAUCUCCACCACCAGACAAACACCCAGCAACCAUGCACCAAUCUACAGCCAGUCAACAACUGUUCGAGCGAUUGAUCGUGUCUCUACACCAAACCAAACGGAUCAGCUCCAAGCACCCGGCAGGACGGCCAGGAUGUCUGAUGCUUCUCCUGCUUCUAUCCAGGUACUAACAUUCAAUACAACAGCUUCAAUAAGCAAUGGUGCAGCAACAGCAGCCUCCCCGCCUUUACAACCCAGUGCAACCUGUAGCAUCAAUGAAGGAGAUGUCCAGGAGUCUUCGUCAGGCCAUCAGGAUGUGGGCCAGUAGAGACGGCAGGUUGGGAACAUGGCAUCAGCCCAGAGUAUUUCAGCUUUGACUUUAGGAAUAUACACAGUGAUUAUAUCAUGUUCCAGUUUAAUUAAUCCCUUAGGGAUUAUAAUGUGAAGUUGUUGAAGUUGCUUAUUUUUUAAAAGCGUAAUAUAGUGCCACAAUCAUUUUAGACUUGAGCUUUAUCCAUGUAUUAUUCAUGCUGUGUGAACAUGAUGAUGGUAGAUGUAAAGUCUGUUCUGUGUGUAACAUUUCUUGGUUUCAGGCUGGAAGACGAAGCUAACAGACUGUUAUCAUUUUGCAGUGUAAAGUUGUUUUCAGUUAGUGUCUGUGAAACUGAUCUUUUUUUCUUUCUUUUUUUUACGUUCUGGUCAGUGAGAACUAAUCAAGCUCUGUGCCAAGUGUAUGUGUUGGUGUGAAUACAUGAAUUUUACUGUGUCUCAGUGACCGUGUGAACUUGUGGUAAUACUUUGGCCCAAACAUGUGACACCUUUAGAAAGAAGUGUAUGUGCAUAUAUGUGACUGCCACCUCCUGACUCUUGUUUGUUAAACAUGAGGUCAUUUUCCAUACGAAACACAGUUUCACGUCUGUCUGAGCGCAUUUGCAUUGGGGAACCCAGAGGUGACUGGACCUUUGUGCUUCUUCAUACGUGCGCUGGGUGUUUUCCCACGCAUACACUCAUUUUUCACCCUUUACCUUCUUAAAGCCCCCAUUUGGUCAAAUGGGUGGAAAUUUCCACGUCCAGAUGUUGUUAAUUUUCUUCAUGAGGGCAGACCUGCCUAACGUGGGUCUACUCUGGAGGGACUCUGGAUGGAAACAAAUAUUAAUGUAGCACUGGCUGUACUGAAAUAAUUGCCUACAAGCUCAAUGCUUUUGUCCCAGUAUGUAAAGAUGUGUGUGGGUUUGUGUAGUCUUCAUAUCAGAGCUGCUGCCAGUUUCAAACUACACGCACGCAGUCAUGAUUCAGCCACGAGUCGUUGAGCUGACGUCAGUGCGGGUUUGAGUUUGCGCUUGAUUCAUGUGAAGAUGUGGAAAUAAAUAUGCAAACAGUGAUGUCAUGCCGGUCUAAAUCAAGUGUGGCGUCUAUCUUUGUUCUCCAGUCAAGGUGUUUCUGUAAUUUCCUUGUUAAAACCACAGUUCAUAUAGUUCACUUUCCCAUCAUACCAGUCAUCUGUCUUAGGUUUACACGCAGUGACAAUUAUUUUCAGACUGAGGUCUUGAUCAAGCCUCCAAAAAAUUCUGUUUGUUUCACUGUUUCUGACUCACUGCCAAACUUGCAGUUAAGCUGGAUUCGCUUCACUUUUUCGUUUUUACACAAGAGUGAGAUCUCCUUUUGUUUUACAUGAAUCUCAGCCUUUCAACACAUGCACACAAGCUGUAAUAGUUACCCAGAAUUGCUGACAAAAGUGUGCAUAUGUGUGUCUGUUUUUCACUCCCACUUAACCUUUUUCCUGUCUAGAGCUGUCCAAAUAGAUUAGAUCGAUUAAGAGCAGUUGGUGUGAUACUGAUCAAAGCAGAGCCUGUGGUUCAUUAACACUAUAAACAGUUAUAUCUUACCUCUUUACAGGGGCUGAGGUGCAGCCAUCGCUGAAUGCAGAUUCAGUUCUUGCUAUUUUUUCCCCUACAACUCAGCAAGGAAAAAUAAAUCUGUCCCUAAAUGUUCAUGAGCGUUCUUCCUCUGCACCGACAAAACAAGUCCCUGUCACAAUUCCAGCAUAUUUUUAUAUUUCCGGUUCGCACUUUGUCCUUGAGCAGAUCUCUCAUAAGUCUUGGUAUGAAUCUUUUGUUUGAUACAGGAAGGAAAGGGACGCUUUGUUCAUGAUGAGUGAGUUGGGAAAAUGGAUAAAGGAAAUUUUGAUUUAUUUUUUUUUUAGCUUAUUUGGUUUCUUCUGAUGCACUACCUGAGGGGCACAUGUUACAGAUGGGUGCAAACCCUCAUAGUUUAGUCUGUAAAGGCCUCAUGCUAAUGCAUUGUUAUUCAAAAAUAUAAUUGAAAUUCACUAAAGAUAAAGGCCAGAUUUUCCUACCCAUGCCUAAUAAAAUAACAAUAAAAAGAAAACAAUCUGCAUAAUACAUUUAUUAUCUUGUUAUUUCUAUCACAUGAUUUGUCUUCCCUUAAAAAUAUAAAUGUCCCCAGUGUCUGUAAGAGCCCUCCUUAUCUACAUUCACCACGAGUUUGAUUGCGAGACCAAGCAGAGAAAAAUAAUGAAGGUGGACUGAUGUUUAUUAGAAGAUGUACUGAUAUUCAAAGCAUCAUGUCAUCUGUGCAGUAAGAAAAUCUAAGUGGACUGAGCUCAUAACCUGGAACUACUCACCCAAGUACAGUAAGGUGCUCUAAUUACUUUGAUAUUAUUUUUAAACUAUCUUAGCUAUAAAGAAGAUUGUUAGAUAACCUAUACAUUAAAAAAAAACCUUUUAAAACAAAUUCUAAUGAAACCCCAUCUACCUUGUUUUACAUUUAGAUAACUACACCUUCAGGUGAACUACAAAACAUGACAUAUUGUUCAGCCAUUGUUUAUCCAAAAAAUAAGCCAAAAUGCAGAAGCAGUGUGUGGAGAAACUAAGUACAGCCUUACAGCUUACACAGCAAUUAAGACCGUAAACAGCAGCCAGGUGCUGUUAAUAAAAUGCACUUGAUUAUCGAUCAUUAGCUGCUCUAGAAACGCAGACGUUUUGGCAGCUUGCAUGUCUGAAACAUUAAGGUCUGUGUCAACACGGUGCCCUGAGGAAAGACAUGAGCAGUGAUCUUAGACAUUUUUUGGCCAUUAUUCUGAAGAGUUAUUUGAAGUCCAUCAUUCUAUAGUAACAAAGAUUAUUCACAAGUGGAAAACAUUCAACACAAUUGCCACCAUUCCUUGGAGUCGACCUCAGAGCAAAUUCACCCUGAAGCCAGACCAUGUAAUGCUCAAAGAAAAAAAUAAAUGAAAUAAAGAGUGACAUCUCAGACUCUACUGGCCUCGGGUAGCAUGUUAAAUAUUAAAGUUCAUGACAGUACAAUUAGAUAAAGACCGAACAAGGAUGGCUGUCAAGAGAAAACCUCUUCUCUUUUUAAAAAGAAGCAGCAGAACAUCUGAAGUCUCCAAAGUUGCAUCUGAAAAAAGACUUCUGUAACAAUGUUCUUUGGACAGACGGGACCAAAGAGGUCAUAAUGUACAAAAGCGAACACAGCACAUACAAAUGCUCUAUCAUGGUAGAGCAGGAAGGAAUGCUGAGCGUGCUUUCUUUUUCAUUCAAUGCUUCUGUAUUUUGGCUUAGUAAAUAUUAACAUGGUGUAAUAUGUCGCAUAUUUUUGUUCACGCAAGAUUGUAUUUACCUAAUUUUAAAACCUGCUAAGGACCAGAUAUUUUUUUACUAUGUCCUGAUAUGUAAACCCUUGGAUCUAGUUUAUUUUUAGCAUCACUGUAUCCUGUGCGGUGUUUUAUUAAAUCAUGCAAUGAUGACUAAUGCAAUCAUUUUAAAUGAUUAGACACUAUUAUAAGUCUGCUAUAUGAUUUCAAGGACUCUACUGUUUUACGGCAUGCUCUAUUUUAAUAAUAGCGCCAUAUUUGCAUGUUUUCCUUCCCUCCCUGUCCCACAUAUUGGUAACAAAAAGCGUGUACACCCAAUAAUAACACUCAGUUCUCAUAAAAUGGUCUGUGUGAUUUUGCACUGUUACCAUGUGGUUUGCGCAACAGUGAAGUCCUGUUGCUGUUUUACAUUGCCUGUUUAAUGCAAGCUUAGCUGACAACACCCAUUGUCCCAUUUUCCCUAACAGCCCUGUUUUGUCAGAACGAGCCGAAUCACAGGAUCUGUUUUCUUCUAAUUUCCCGGCUCUGAAAAUUAGAGUCAGGAAAAUUAGAGUGAGAAAAGCAAAAAAAUGGGGGGAAAAUGCUUUAGAAAACUAACUCAUCACCAUCUUUCUCUCACUCUCCCUUCCUUUCCAUCUUUUCCCACAUCUCUGUAU